AGGAAUGGCUUAACAAUAAUGACUAUGCAAUCAUUCAUCAUUUACUACCUAGAAGGUGAAUAGUCUGUUUACAUACACUCUGCAUAUCAGUUGCAUAGCUAUAGAUAUAUACAUAUCUUGAGUUGCGUAUCUUAAGAAACAAAGAUGGUGGAGAAAGGUUGUUCACAAGUAGUGGUGAGAGAGUAUGAUGAGGAAAAAGACUGCAAAAAAGCGGUGGAGUUGGAGCGAAGGUGUGAAGUUGGACCCAGUGCUAAACUGUCUCUCUUCACUGAUCUUCUCGGUGACCCUCUUUGCAGGAUUCGCAACUCUCCUUAUUUUCUCAUGCUCGUAGCGGAGAUGGAAGUUGAUGAAGGUAAAAAAGAAAUAGUAGGAAUAGUAAGAGGUUGCAUUAAAACUGCCACAUGCGGUAAAAAACUGCCAAGGAAUGCACAAAGUCACCACGCUCAUCGCCCCAUCUACACUAAACUCGCCUACAUCUUAGGUCUUCGAGUCUCUCCUUCUCACAGGCGGAUGAGAAUAGGUUUACAACUAGUAGAAAAAAUGGAAGAGUGGUUCAGACAAAAGGGUGCCGAGUAUGCAUACAUGGCCACCGAAAGUGACAAUGAAGCUUCUAUCAAUCUCUUCACUAAAAAAUGCGCCUACUCUAAGUUUCGGACCCCUUCAAUCCUGGUUCAGCCCGUUUUCGCUCAUAAAGCGCAUGUGUCUAAACGAGUCAGCGUCAUCAAACUCAGUCCGUUAGAGGCCGAGUCACUCUACAGCCGCCGUUUCGCAACCACCGAGUUUUAUCCUCGAGACAUUGGUGCUAUCCUGAACAAUAAGCUCAACUUGGGCACCUUUGUGGCUAUUUCUGGUAAUGAGGAGUGGGCCGGGGUGGACCGGUUUUUGGCUGAACCGCCCGCGUCAUGGGCCGUGAUGAGCGUGUGGAACUGCAAGGACGUGUAUACACUGCAAGUGAAAGGCGCGUCGAUGGUGAGGAGGGGGUUUUGUAAGACGAGCCGGUUACUGGACCGGGCUUUGCCGUGGCUGAGAUUACCCUCGGUGCCGGACUUGUUUAGGCCUUUUGGGUUUCACUUUCUGUAUGGGCUUGGUGGUCAUGGGCCGUUGGCAGUGAAAUUAACCAAGGCCCUGUGUGGGUUUGCUCAUAAUAUGGCUAAAGAGUAUGGGUGUGGUGUGGUGGCCACUGAAGUGUCGGGAAAUGAGCCGCUCACGUUAGGAAUUCCACACUGGAAGAAACUAUCGUGCGCGGAUUUGUGGUGCAUGAAGAGGCUUUUGGAAGAUUAUAGUGAUGGAGAUGUGGGUGACUGGACGAAAUCAGAAGCUGGAGUGUCUAUUUUUGUUGAUCCAAGAGAACUUUGAUCGUUUAAAAAUAAGUUACUUUUGUAGCCAAGAAUCAUAUUAGGAGCUUAUGUUCUCCUUUUUAACCUUUAGAAUCUAAUGUUAGUUGAAGAAUAUGAUGACCGAAAAUUUGACACUA